UCCAAUUCCAUUCCUUUUUCCUUUGAUUAUCUUUGAAUUUCUAGAAAGUAAAAGAACUUUCAUAUUAGUUUAUUAUUAUUUUAUGGUUAUGUCAUAGGCCAUAAACAUACGACUGUUUGACACAGAAUUUGAAUACUUUGUUGAUACUAGAUUUGUUGUUAUUUCAGCCCAACAAACGUCUUAAAAUUAACGAGAAUGUCGUAUAUGUUAGGUCAUUUACACAAUGGAUGGCAAGUGGAUCAAGCUAUUCUAUCAGAAGAGGAUAGAGUUGUCGUGAUAAGAUUUGGUCAUGACUGGGACCCUACUUGUAUGAAGAUGGAUGAAGUACUCUAUAGCAUAGCUGAAAAGGUGAAGAACUUUGCCGUGAUUUACCUGGUGGAUAUCACCAAAGUACCCGACUUUAACAAGAUGUACGAGUUGUAUGAUCCUUGCACAGUCAUGUUCUUCUUCCGCAACAAACACAUCAUGAUUGAUCUGGGAACGGGUAACAACAACAAGAUCAACUGGGCGUUGGAAGACAAACAAGAGAUGAUCGAUAUUGUUGAGACUGUCUACCGAGGAGCUAGGAAGGGCAGAGGUCUCGUUGUCUCUCCUAAAGACUACAGCACCAAAUAUCGAUACUAAAACAAGAUUGUAUUUUAUUUUGCUUGUACAUAUGUCAAGUUACUUUGUCCUGUAUCAUGGCUUAAAGUGUGGAAUCAGCCUAAAGACAAAAGAUUAUAGUAAUGUAGAUUUUAAAUGUUGACUAUUUGAUUCUUUCUAUGUGAAGUAUUUGUUUAGAGAGAAGUAAAUUUGUGACUAAUAGUGUACGUUCACAUAAAAUUUAAUAUAAUUUGUAAUUAGUAGGAAUAAGAUAUUUUUUUAUUGGUUAAUUAACAAGGAUUUACUUUAAACAAAUUAAAUUCUAAACUGUAUUAAGAACACAAUUUGAAAGAUUACCAAAUUUAUUUGUGUAAAUGAGCUAAUUUAAUCUGACUUCCAGUGUAAUCUAAAUAAAUAAAUAUAGGAUGGAGAGGACACAGCUAACUCACCUGAUGAAAGGUUGCAGAUGAGUCAAAGAACACAUAAAAUCACACACAUAAUUUACUUAAUAUUUCGCCUCUUUCAGAGGCUUCUUCAGAAGUAGGCCUAGAUGGUAGUUACAAAACAACAGUUUAAAUAGGAUGAUGAAAUAGAAAGAAAUAUUAAGUAAAUUACGUGUGUGAUUUUAUGUGUUCUUUGACUCAUCUGCAACCUUUCAUCAGGUGAGUUAGCUGUGUCCUCUCCAUCCUAUAUUUAUUUAUUUAAUCCAAGCUAAAUGCUUUUUCCUAAAAACAUAACCUUCCAGUGUAAUCUGUAAUCCUGUAGGGUGGGUUUAUGCCAAAGUGUUAUAUUCUAUGAAUAUUUAUAUUAUGUAUUUUCUAUUAAAUUCAUUCAGAAUUUUAACAA